AUGCUGGUUGACAUAAUUGGUCUUGUUCUAUAUGUUGGAGAUAUCAUUCCUAUACACAGGAAAGAUGGCACUCAAACACAAAAAUGUGUGGUGAAAAUUAAUGAUCUAUCUAGUUCAACAAUUGACAUCAACUUAUGGGGUCCAAUGGCAGAACAAAAGGGCCUAGAAUUGAAAAAUAUGUUUACCAAUGAUAGUGUGCUUAUCCUUGCUUUGCGUAAUGCUCGUGUUGGCUAUUUCAAUGGGAAGCUUAUAAACAUAACAGUCGCAACAACAUUACAUAUCAACCCAAGUUUUCCAAAAGUAGAGCUUCUAACACUAAGAGGAAAGGACCCUUUGCUUGAUGUACCCUUUGUUGCAGAAACUAUCCACAUAGAUGGCAGAUAUACUAGAGUGACAAUUUCUUCAAUCCAUGAGCAAAUGAGCAUCAAAUCAGAAACAAUUCAGACAACAUUGCUAGCUGUUUUGCAGUUUGUGAACGUCAAUGACCAAAACCUCUAUUACGCAGCUUGCCCACUGAUAAUCAAUGGAAGGCCUUGCAAGAAAAAAUGUACACAGUAUGUUGAUGAUUCUUGGUUCUGCUCUAGACAUCAAAUGACUAUGCAAGACUGUAAUUAUAGUUACCUCUUGCCUCUAAAGUUGCAAGAUGCCACAGGUACUCUAUGGGCCACUGCAUUUGAUGAGGGUGGCAUUCACUUGCUACACAAAACUGCAAAACAGCUCUAUGCACUACAAAACGAUGCAACACCAACAGAGACACCUUCCUCAGUGAUCAAGACCUUACUAUCAUGUUACUAUUCAUUCACAGUGUUGGUUUCUAUUGAGACAUAUAAUUCAGAAAUGAAGAUGAAAGUGACAGUCAAUAAAGUUGCUUCUGUUGACUUCAAAGCUGAGUGCCAUGCAUUACUUGCAGAAAUUGGCUGCCUAAGUACAGAUACUUAA